CAAAGAUAUUGUACUCCACCAUGAUCCUGCAAGCAAGCAGAAGGCCAAGAAUGCCAAUGUAUUCUCCCCUUCCUGUGUACGCUAUUCUUUUGCUUCUUUCUUGGCCAUUCAGUUCGGUGCCUAUUUGCUCAUCCGAUAAUCGGCUUGUCGCUGGCAAGCCGCUCUCCCCUGGCAGUGUCCUCGUCUCUCAAGAUGGGGUGUUUGCCCUGGGAUUCUUCUCCCCGUACAACUCCACUAAGAACCAUCACUAUGUUGGCAUAUGGUACAACGACAUCCCGGAGCGCACGGUGGUAUGGGUUUCUAACCGUGCGGCGCCGAUCACCACUAACCUUUCCUCUGCAAAUCUUGCCGUCACCGGCAGCUCCGACAUAGUCUUGUCUGAUAACAAUGGUCGUGUCUUCUGGACAACGUACAACAGCAUCAACAUCAACUCCAUCUCGGUGGAAGCAGUGUUGGACAACACUGGCAACUUCAUCCUUAGAUCAUUAACUGAUAGUACCAUCCUAUGGCAAAGCUUCGACCACCCUACCGACACUCUCCUACCCGGCAUGAACCUCAGGCUCAGCCACAACACGCUUCCACUGCAGCACCUCGUCUCCUGGAAAGGCCUACAUGACCCAUCCCCCGGUGAGUUCUCCUACGGCGCAGACCCUAGCAGCCUCCUCCAGUGCUUCGUCUGGAAUGGCUCGAGGCCACACCGGCGAAGCCCGGUGUGGACAAAUUACCUCUAUGUUGGUGGAUUCAACGAGUCUACCAUUUAUAUGGCCUUACAUCACGCCGGUGACGAGGUGUACAUGUCCUUCAUCAUGCCGAUUGGCUACUUCGUCCUGCUGGUCAGGAUGGAGAUUGACUACUUGGGCAAGGUAAAUCUACUAAUCUGGGAGAGCAACAUGUCUGCAUGGAGAGCCCUGUAUGCAGAGCCUCAACAUGAGUGCAAUAUGUACGGCUACUGUGGUCUUUAUGGUUACUGCGACAAUACAGAAGUUGUCCCAGUUUGCAAGUGCCUUGAAGGUUUUGAGCCGAGGGAUGGUGAAGGAUGGAUCGCCGAUGGCUUCUCACAUGGAUGCCGCCAGAAGGAGGUGCAGAGGUGCACCCAUGGAGACGGUUUCUUGGUCUUUCCAGGCAUGAAGGUCCCUGACAAGUUCAUACAUGUCCCGAGCAGAAGCUUUGAUGAGUGCACGGAGGAAUGCAGAAGCAAUUGCUCCUGUGUGGCAUAUGCUUAUUCCAAGAUGAGCAACAUGGAUAUUGAUGGGGAUGACACAAGAUGCCUGGUAUGGAUGGGAGAUUUGAUCGACAUGGAGAACCACACUCAAGGAGGGGAGAACCUCUAUGUUCGGACUAAAAGAUUACAAGGCAACAUGAGAAAGAUCAAAAUCCUAGAAAUUGUAUUACCAGUUGUUUCAAGUUUUCUGAUACUCAUAUGCGUGGUGCCUAUUUGGAUCUAUGGCUCUAGAGAUGAUACAAGAAAAUCACUACUCAAUUGGCCAACAAGAUUUAAGAUAAUCAUUGGAGUAGCUAGGGGACUUCUUUAUCUCCACCAAGAUUCCAGAUUGGUUAUGAUUCAUAGUGAUCUCAAAGCAGGCAACAUAUUGUUGGAUGCUGAGAUGAACCCGAAAAUAUCUGAUUUUGGUACAGCUAGGGUCUUUGGUGUGAACGAACACGAACAACGUACCAAUCAAGUUGUUGGAACAUUCGGAUACAUGUCGCCUGAAUACGCAAUGGAAGGCAUAAUCUCCGUCAAAUCCGAUGUUUACAGCUUUGGGGUAUUAAUUCUAGAGAUUGUGAGUGGCAUGAAGACCGGCACCACAACCCCAAAGAGCUCAUGUGCAUGCACUCAUAACCUUAUAAAUUAUGCGUGGAGCUUAAGGAAGGAUGGGAAAUUGAUGGAUCUAAUCGAGUCAUCUAUCAUCGAGGAUUGCUCUCUCGCUGAAGCUCUACGAUGCAUCCAUGUUGGACUCUUGUCGGUGCAGGAUGACCCGGACGCUCGCCCUCUCAUGUCUUGGGUGGUAGCAAGCCUGGAUAACAAAGGCAUUGAGCUCGCGCAGCCGAAAGAACCUAUGUGCUUUACACAUCGUAAAUACGGAGCCGGGGAAAGCCAUGUACAUGACAUGAGCCUCGAAAACCUUAAGGGGUGCUAGAAAACCAUUGGUCCUGUCUUGUCCUUGUGACACUAAUGUCUUCAUAUAAAUAACUGCUCAUUUCUAUUCUACACUGGAUGCGCUCUGUC